CCCAAAACAGUCCGUUUCAUUGCUCCCGUUUGCGCCUCCGCCAAAAUGCCACCGUCUUCCAAGGCUCGGCUUCCCACCCAAGAAGCGUUACCGGCGGGAACAACUCGCGUUUGCCUCAAGAAUUUGCCCCCCUCGUUCUCGUCGCAUGAUUUACGAACCUUUGUCCGCGAACGGUUGUUGCCGCUCGAUCCCCACGUGAAACUUACGGACUGUCGAGUGCUGCUCAAGAAGGACGGAAAGUCUAGACGCAUGGGAUUUUGCGGGUUUGCUACUCCCAGUACGGCUCAAGUGUGUGUACGGCAACUGGACAAGGCCUAUUGCCGGACCAACAAACUCGUAGUGGAAUUUGCUACGCUCCCCGCAUCGUUGGCCACGACCACUGCGAACGAUCCGACGCCUGCCGUUGAAAGUUUCAAACAGGAGAAAAGCUCCGAACCGAUAAUAACGGACAAAGAUCGCAAAUUGGAAAAGAAAAAAGAGGAAUUCCUGGCGGUAAUGGGUGUGGGUAGCAAUGCCGAGUCCAAAAACAAAUUCUGGGCCAACGAUGAUGGUCAUUCGGGCACAAAUACAAGCGGCGAUCAGAUUGCAACGAAAGCAACUACUGGAAACCACGAUGAUUCCGAAUCCGAUUCCGACAGUGAUGACGCUACGGAUGAAGACAAUGCAGAUCCUCUGGAACGCAAACUUCCACUACCCGCUACGGAAGAAAAGAGUUCGUCUGCUCAAACAUCCGAUCUAGACUUCUUGAAGUCCAAAAAAGUGCAAGUUCAGGAUCUGGACGAUGCAGAAACCGAUAGAAUGAAUGAAGGACCACACGAUGACAGUGAAUCUGGCUCGUCGUCCAGCAACAGUAGCGAAGAUUGCGAUAUUGUAACCCAGUCCAAAGAGGCCCCGAAAGGACAGCCCCAAAUACAGGCAGGCUAUACAACAGAAAACAACGAUAGUGUGGGCGAUCAUCAUUUAUUGGCUGGCGAAGACGACGCUGAGGCUAAGAACAUAGCUGCAAAUCGCUUGUUCCUACGAAACCUGCCGUUCACAGCAACCGAAGACGACUUGAAAACUCAUUUUGAAGCCUUUGGUAGUAUAGUGGAAUGCCACGUCCCCGCUGACGAUCAGAAACGGAGCAAGGGCUUUGCAUUUGUGACUUUUGUCAAAGCAAACGAUGCCAUAGCCGCGAAAACUGCUCUGGACGGCACGGACUUUCAAGGUCGUCUUUUGCACGUCUUACCUGCUCGUCAGGCACCUUCUCUAGGAGACGGCAAUGGCACCAAUCUCACGUUCAAAGAAAAACAGGAACGAUUGCGGAAGCAACAAGCUGAGUCGCAGACUGGAUGGUCGGCCUCGUUCGUCCGUGGGGAUGCUGUCGUGGACAAUUUGGCUUCGAGGCUAGGACUACAAAAAGGUGAAAUUCUGGCCGUGAAGGAUGGACUGUCGUCGGGUGAUGCAGCUGUGCGCUUGGCUUUGGGGGAGACAGCGGUCAUUGAAGAGAACCGCGACUACUUCCGAUUACAUAAUAUUGACAUGGAUGUUCUUGUAUCGGCCACAUCCGACAAAGACGCCAAGCUGGUUGAGCGAAGUAAGACAAUGAUACUCGUAAAGAACUUGCCUCACGAUACUACUAAAGAGGACCUUGUCAAGGUAUUCAGUGGAGCUGGGGAUACACCUUCUCGUAUUCUCUUGCCCCCCUCUCGGACAAUCGCGGUCGUGGAGUAUUCUCACCCGAACGAUGCCAAACGUUCUUUCCGGAAGCUGGCCUACCGAAGAUUUAAGAAUGUGCCUUUGUACUUGGAGUGGGCACCCCUGGCUUCCAAGCGAAUCGACAAUGGAUCCGAAGAAACGAACGAUGAGAACAUAAUACAGAUAGAAAACUCAGAGGAUGCCAACCGUGAGACGGAUGACUUGGUGGAAGGUCCCACGCCGACAAUCUACGUCAAGAAUCUAAAUUUCCACACAACCGAAGAUCAGCUCCGCCAAGUGUUUUCCAAGCAUGUGAAAGAUGUUCGCACUGUACGUAUACCCAAGAAGAUUGCUCCCGUAAAGCAAAUGUCGAUGGGAUUUGGUUUUGUUGAAUUUGGUUCGAAUGAGUCGGCGCGGACAGUUCUGAAUAAGCUGCAAGGCUUCACGGUUGAUGGGCACAUACUGGAACUCAAACCAUCGUCCAAAACUGGCAAUCAAGGAGUGUCAUCCACGGCGGCUAAGAACACUACUUCAAAGAGUACAAAAGUAAUGGUUCGCAACGUGCCGUUUCAAGCAACCCGAAAAGAGCUGCUUCAGCUUUUCGGCUCGUUCGGGCCUCUCAAAAAGGUUCGGUUGCCGAAAAAAUUCGACGGAAGCCAUCGGGGAUUCGCGUUCGUGGAAUACAUGGCGGCGAAAGAGGCAGCUGCUGCUAUGCAUACUUUAUCCGCUACUCAUUUGUACGGACGGCAUUUGGUUUUGGAAUGGGCUGCUGCCGAUGAAGAAGCCGAAAACUUGGACAUUCUGCGUGCCAAAGCCAAAAGGAAUAUUGGUCUUGACGCCUUGUCCGCGAGAAUGGAAAACAAGAGAAUUCGUUUUGAGUAGUAAAUUGAUGUUCAGUAUAUUGAUUCAGUCUGCUUGCUUCGCAUCGAAGGGGGCGAAUCAACCCACAAUGUAACAGUGCAUUUCCUAUAAUCAAUCGCAUCCCACGUUUCUUUCUCGGAUGGGAUUGUAUACUGGAUAAUAUGAGAUAUACUGCCUCCAACGAGAAAUAUCAUGGAAGGAUGAGAUUUUUGGCUGGCAAGGUCAAAACUAAACGUAUCCAAUUCUCUCCUCUAGAUACGAGGACGCCACCACGACGAAAAUACGUGGUUGUAUCGAGCCAAAGCGUAGUGGCAGCAAUAAUAUUCCUAUAUAAGUCCUUUGACGUGUAAAAUCCAUUUGUCAAAC